ACCAACCGGACAAAGUGACUAGUUCAAUUCUGUUUAUUUCUCAAUAUCAAAUUCAUCGGUUGGUUCAAUUUCAUUUUAUUCUUCAACCCAGAAGGCAGAUUGCAAAUUUUCCAGAGAUUAAACUUAGAGAGAGGGAAGAUCAAAGAGGCAAUGGCUGUAGUUGCUUCUGCUCCUGGUAAGGUGUUGAUGACUGGAGGAUACCUUAUAUUGGAAGGGCCCAAUGCAGGGAUUGUACUCAGCACUAAUGCUCGAUUCUAUGCCAUUGUCAAGCCUCUUUACGAUGAAAUCAAGCCCGAUAGCUGGUCGUGGGCAUGGACUGAUGUGAAAUUAACUUCUCCUCAACUCUCUAGGGAAAGCACUUACAAGUUGUCACUGAAGAGUUCAACUCUUCAGUGUGUCACUUCAAGUGACUCGAGGAACCCUUUUGUGGAACAAUCAGUGCAAUAUGCCGUAGCAGCUGCUCAUGCCACAAUUGACAAAGAUAAGGAGGAUUUCUUAAACAAGCUACUCUUGCAGGGUCUUGAUAUCACAAUAUUAGGUGGCAAUGACUUCUAUUCCUACCGAAACCAGAUUGAAGCUCGUGGACUCCCUUUGACACCAGAAGCAUUGGCUGCACUUCCUCCUUUCACAUCAAUCACCUUCAACAUAGAGGAAAUUAAUGGACAAAACUGCAAACCUGAGGUAGCUAAAACUGGAUUGGGUUCAUCAGCAGCAAUGACCACUGCUGUGGUUGCUGCUUUACUUCAUUACCUUGGAGCGGUUGAUCUUUCAAUCUUGCGUGAAAAUGAGGAAUCUCGUGAUCUUGAUGUCAUCCAUAUUAUAGCUCAAACUGCCCACUGUAUUGCACAAGGGAAAGUUGGCAGUGGGUUUGAUGUCAGUUCUGCAGUUUAUGGCAGUCAUCGUUACAUCCGCUUUUCACCAGAAGUGCUUUCCCCAGCGCAGGAUGCUAUAAAAGGAAUUCCAUUACAAGAAGUUGUUGCUGGCAUCCUAAAAGGAAAAUGGGACCAUGAAAGGACUAUGUUCUCCUUGCCACCAUUGAUGAACCUGCUUCUUGGAGAACCAGGAACUGGAGGUUCAUCCACGCCAUCAAUGGUAGGUGCUGUGAAGAAAUGGCAAAAAUCUGACCCUGAGAGUUCCGAAGAGACAUGGAGAAAGUUGUCAGAGGCAAAUUCAGUACUGGAAAUACAAUUCGAUAUUUUAAGCAAGCUUGCAGAAGAACAUUGGGAUGCAUAUAAAAGCACAAUAGACAGCUGCAGCAUGCAAAAGUUGGAGAAGUGGAUUGAGCUGGUAACGGAACCCAGCCAAGAAGCAGUUGUUAAAGCUUUAUUAGGAGCAAGAAAUGCCAUGCUUCAGAUCAGAAACCAUAUGCGCCAAAUGGGUGAGGCUGCAGGUGUUCCGAUAGAGCCAGAACCACAGACUCGACUUUUAGAUGCUACUAUGGAUAUGGAGGGAGUUCUGUUGGCUGGAAUUCCUGGAGCAGGUGGAUAUGAUGCAGUGUUUGCUAUAACCUUGGGGGAUUCUAGCAGCAAUCUGACAAAAGCUUGGAGUUCGCGCAAUGUCCUGGCCUUGUUGGUUAGAGAAGAUCCUCAUGGGGUUUCUUUAGAAAGUGGCGAUCCAAGAACUAAGGAAAUUACAUCAGCUGUUGCUGCUGUUUGCAUCUGAGUACCCUCGAUACUGUUAAUUUGUUGUUUGAUACCACCAUCAUAAAAGUGGGCAAUGCGAUUUGUUGAAGGAAUUCUGAGCUGAUUCUGUGCACUAAUUCACUUCAAUCAUUAUAGGAAAAAGAUAACAAUUCUUAGAUUUGCUACCUUCUUUAAUUUCCUUGAGUACAGUACAAUUAGAAAGCUCUUGUUCUAUGUUUUGAUUUUGGGUUGUGGAGACACCGGCCAAUAGAAAGGCCAGUAAGCUAAAAAUGGGUUUGAUUGAAGGAGCUGAAUUGAGAUAUCUAGCCAAUUUAGAGUUUUCAUUGAA